AUGGGUCGGCUUCUGGUUCUUCAUAGACUUAACAGCUUAGUUCAAACUCCUGUUACAAAUCUACAACAAAUUAUUGACGUCUGCAAAAAAUGUCCUCUUAAGUCUGAAGCAGAACAACAAAUACGUAAGAUGCAAAAAAUGGAAGAGAAACUAGAAAUUGAGAUGAAAGCUUUGACAAAAGUUGUUCACAAAAUAGAAACCGAUGUAACAGAAGAUGUUCACAAGAUGCGAGACGAGGUUCACGAAGUGAAAGAGGAAGUUCACACAGCAACAGAAGCUGUUCGCGAAAUAAAAGACGAUGUUCACAAAGAAGUUCGAAAACUCUGGGAAGAUUCUAAAACUACACACGAAAGGAUGAAUGAGCUUGAAUUUAAAAGCAAAUCAGAAGAGGGUACUGAUACAAAACAGGCAAAAGAAGAUGCGUAUGUUCGACGUAAAGAACGUAAGUUACUUUGCAACUAUUUCUUCCUGUCUAAUAAUAGUAUUUCUUUUCUGUCUAAUAAUAGUCUUCAUAACAUACUGGGACCAGAGAGAAUAAAUUUGAAAAUUCCACAAAUAUGUGCUGAUACUAGUGCGGAGAAAAAGUGA